ACACUGCCGGAAUCCUAGAAGAAGAAGAAGAAGAAGAAGAAGAAGAAGCAGCGAAACAUGGCAGCCCCCUCCAAGAAAGUUUUCGAGGUCUUCGUCUCUAAAAUACCAUGGACUAUAGCCAGCAGGGAGAUGAGGGAGUACUUUGGACAGUUUGGCCCAGUGAAGAAGUGUCUUCUUCCAUUUGAUAAAGAAACAGGUUUCCACAGAGGCUUCUGCUGGGUCGGAUUCUCAACAGAGGAAGGACUGAACAAUGCACUUCAGAAAGACCCACACAUGCUGGAGGGAGCAAAGCUCCAGGUUCAGAGGAACAGACGUCCAUUUGCAGGGCAGAGGUCAAACAAAGACAGUGAAUAUGACUGAAACUCUGAUACUGCUCCGUGGAUAAGACACAAACGUGUGCUGUUGUUUUCUUCUGUCCCCGAUUCACUAAGACUAUUUGUGGUUGCUGUUUUAUAUUUAAACCUUUGCAAUUCUGUUUGGGACAUAAUGAAAACUUAGACCAGUCUACCAGUGUUCAUGUAUACGGGUGUUAAUCCUUUAUAUACCUUCAGGUAAUUUGGACCUCACCAUUAUUGCCAUUGUUGUAAUGCAUUGUCUAAAAGUAAUGUUAGUUUUUUGUCAGUGAUAAGUGUUUUACUUUAACCAUCCUGUCACACACUAUCAUCUAAUGUAUGGCAAUAAAAAGUUUAAAUCCA